ACGUCUGGCCAAUGGGUAUCGACGGUCUCAUCUUACUAGACAGCGCUGGCCGAUCCAUUAUUCAGUCAGGGUUUCGUUCGACCACAUCCACUUACCCCUUCCUCCAUGUCGAGGCUUUCAAUGCCGCCGCUGCGAAUGCCCAGCGACCUACCGAUAUUGACUCAGUGAUAUACGUUCAGCAUCCAACGAACGUGGACAUUCCGAGCGCGUGUUGCCAUGUCUCUGUUGGCGAUUUGAGGAUAUUGUGUCCAAUCAGUGGGAAUGUGGACCCACUGGUUGGAUUCUCCUUCUUGAGGACGUUUAUCGACAUACUGCAAGAAUACUUUGGUGACGUUUCAGUGGUGACCGUCAAGGAGAACUUUGAUAUUGUCUAUCAGCUCUUGGAAGAGAUACUCGACUCAGUAGGCCACCCAUUGACUACAUCACACAACGCCCUACGCGAUAUCGUCCUCCCGCCCUCGCUCCUCACCAAGCUUUUGAAUGCAGCUAGCGCCAAUCUGGCAGCCAUUGGUGCUGGAGGCACAGCUCCUGGUCUACACACGGCAGCGCACGGUCCUUUCUCCUCACCAAUACCUUGGAGAAGAGCGGGUGUUAAGUAUGCCAGUAAUGAAAUCUACUUUGACAUGGUGGAAGAGCUGCGGGCGAUCGUGAAUAAACAUGGCGUUCCGUUGUCAAGCAAUGUUUUCGGCCAGAUCGAAGGGAAUUGUCGACUUUCAGGAACGCCAGACUGCCUUCUCACCUUUUCCAACUCACAAGUUCUCGCCGACUGCGCCUUCCACCCAUGCGUGCGAUUGCAGCGGUGGUCGAAAGACAGGGCACUAUCGUUUAUUCCACCUGACGGCCAUUUCGUGUUAGCCGAAUACCGAUUUGCUCCCAACGCCGGAAACUCUGCCUUGCGAUUUGGAACCUCCUCGACGACUGCGGUCAAGGACCAAAUUCCAAUGCCAUUUGUGAUGAAGGCAAGGUUCGAGUUCGACGGCAACAAUGCAACAUUUGAAAUAUCGUUCACCUCACGGCUUACCACUCGCGUAAACGAGAAUGUUUCCCUGGAGAACAUCUCGGUGGAAUUGAAUCUAGGAGAAGGGGUACAUGGGAUCAAGUGUGUCGCUUCCCGCGAAUCGGGAGGCCUUGGGCGCGGAUUGUCGGUGGAGACGUCAACGGCAUCUUGGAGCUUUGACCAAAAGAAAAAGGUACUUCGCUGGGAAAUUCCUCGUGCCCCUCCAUCAACACACUGGACCUUGCAGGGUUCCUUCACUGCUCCGACUGCCCCUCCGAGACCUUCGCGGGCGAUGCAGAUUCGCUUCGAGAUACCAUCGCGCACGUUUUCUCAACUGAAGGUCGAACAACUUAGGAUCACUGGCGAGGGGUAUAAACCUUACAAAGGCGUCAGGGGACGCUCAUGUGCUAACGUCGAAUGGAGAUGGUAA